AUGGUCUCUUGGCAGACAAUCCAAUCGGCUCUGCUGUUCUUCGGACCCUUGCUACUUCCACGGAUACUCGCCACGUACCGCUCAAUACGAUCACGGCCAGCCUCUCAGAUCCGAGCAUUACCUCCGGCGACUUCAUACGCGCUGGCGAUACUCUUCGCGUCUGGCUUAGUAGCAUUUCUGUUCACCUUACCACUCUUCGCAGCACCGAACAUCUUUCGACAAACACAAUCGAGGAUCCAGACUCCCGCUGGUGUUCUCCUGACCCGUCUCGCAGCUUUGCGACCUAUCACGCCAGAUGACGAGAAGCUCCGAUCUGUGCUUGAUGCCGGCGGUCUGGACGCACGACUCCUCUACGUUCGGUAUGGACCUAAGAUUCUAACCAAUUGCACUUUCGCCAAGCCUGGAGAUCUGGAUGCUAGUCUGAUGUAUUUCCUAUACGCUCUUCCUACCAUCGUGGCAUCGCAUCUUAUUCAUCUAGCUGCGCUCGGCGUAGCGACCUCCGGAUUUCUGAGCGGCAAGGAAGGUGCUCGGUGGCGUACAGUAGCAGCAAUUGCGGGUAUCGUACUUGGUGCAGCAGAAGUCUGCUUUGUAGCGUACUACGAUGACAAGCAGAACAUGCGCAGCACACGAGUGAGCGAGAUCGACUUUGUCUUCUGGAAAUUGCAAGUCUGGCGUGGACUGGCUAUCGCAGCUGUGGACGGCUUGAUAGGUUGGGUGAUCUGGCUACAAGCCACCAGACGAGCAUUCCUCUCACCACCCGCUGCUGCGGAGAAGUUACAGGAUCAUGCACAUGUGCUCGAAAGCUUGCUUGGGAAGACAAGAGGGCUUGGUGUGCUCAGAAAUGGCACGGUGAGGGAUGCAGGCAUGAGAGCGAAGACGGAUGCGUACUGGGUGAAGGAGGGAGAAGUGAUGAAGGAUGUUUUCGAGGAGCCUGAAGUACUGGAGGCACAGAGAAAUGCUUUGCGGAGGCUUGAUAUCACGAGGAUUGGUCGUGAGGCUGAGGAUUAUGUAGACAGCGUUUUGGGUCCGCUGCCAAUGGCGAGAACGUCGGCACUUACAUGA